AUGCAAGAGCAGCUGCCGGACCAACCACGCCUUACCACCGACGGCAGGACCGAGACGGAGCCAGCGGCGCAGCAAAAUGCAGCUGUGAUGGACGACAAGCCGGAGAAUCGGGAGGGGCAGAGCAUGAGCAUGCCUGAGCUGGACGAUGGCGAAGCCGGUGCGGCGAACAAGAAGGGACCCACGCUGUGCGGCGUGUGCGAGGCAGUCCCGUCCAAGUACAAGUGCUCUCGUUGCUAUCUACCUUACUGCUCCAUUCCGUGCAACAAGACCCAUCUCAAAGACCACCCGCCUGACUCAGAUGAGAACCGACCCCAACACAGUACCGAGCCUCCGGAUAACCUCACCGAGAAGCCGACGGGACCGCCCAACCCGUUCCGAGCGCUCGAAAACUCGGAAAAGCUGACGUGGCUGUUUCGCAAAUACCCCAACCUGCCCCAACAAUUGCUCGACAUACACGCCACGACGCUCCCUCCGCCAGAAGACGUCAGCAAGCAGAUCCCGGCCUCCCUCAUGCAGGGUGUCCCGAGACAGCAGACCGACUGGAACCGCGACAAGGGAAUCGGGAGGGGCAAGGCCGCCCUCCGCCGCGCCCGCCUCCUUCCCGGGGACGCGGGCGAGGGUAUCCGGGAGUACUGUCUGCUCGUGCUGAUGCUCCUCAACGCGGACGAGGAGAACAAGGCGAACGAAAUGCUGCAGAAGCAGUUUGCCCAGCAAGACAUGGACGUGAUCCAACAGCUCAUGGACGACGAGCAGGCACGACGAUGA